AUGAACAGGAUGACCGAGCUGGUCGAUGAUUUCUUCCUAACUAUGACACGCAGCUGUGGUGACUUUUCUGAAGCUGGGGGCCGACAGGAGCCUAAUCUGUUUGAUAUGAUGCAGACGCUCGAGUACUUGGGCAUUUCACUUACUUCGCUCGAGGCAUUUGCGCAGUCUGCACUCGCUAAAGACCCGUCGCGUCGUGCCAUUAAAACGCCGACAACUCGGCAAGGCAAAGAGCCGUGGGUGAAUCCGACGGAAGACUUUUUGCCUUCCGACUCGGAAGAAGACGGCGAAGUGGACGGCGGGAAAUCGAGCCGGCGUUCAAAUGCUGUUUGGAACACCAUCAUGCAGGACAUUGUCCCGGACCAUUUGCCGCCGCAGCCACCGCGGCACAACUGGAUGUUUACGCCUGUAUACGGGACAGAGAUGCUUUCAGAGCUGCCUACGUUGCAGCUGGUCGAUCGCAAAUUGGAAAAUGCACGCCUUGUCGAGACAUCGCUGCGUAAACUCAUCAAGGAUACUGACCAGGCCGCGCUCCAAUUGCUUUCGGACAAGUCGCCAGAAAGUGCACCGCAAGACUCCGACGCACCGCCCUCUGAAGCACAGACGGUGCUCGAAAAUGCCGUGGUCGACGAGCCGAUGCCAGCUUCGUCGCUUGCCGCUGCAGCGCCAGUGCCCCCGAGUGUGCCGUCCAAGCGCGUGCUACCGCGCCCAGUGAAUUACAAAACAAGCUGGUACGCAUCUCUGGCCUCCGCGGACAGCAAACUUCCCAAUGCAAAUCUGUACACGGCGCGUUUGCGGGGCGGCGUCGAAGAAGGCCCCGGCGAUACGUAG